CUUUCCUUGAUUUUCACUCACUGCUUUCUUGUAUGCUUCAAGACCCUCAACGUGAAUUUCUUUAACCAUUUUGCGGGGAACUUGAAGAGACAGUAGCUGUCCUGGUAAACCUGGUACAAGUGAAAGAGAAAGUAGGUGGAUUGGCAUGGCUGAUUCUUUGAAGGAGGAAGCAGAUGAGUCGUCAAAGCCGGGGGUCGGGAUGAGACUGACUAUAGCUUCCAUAAGUAAACGCUUCCCUCGUGCACGUAACGUUAGUACUCAGUGGCUGUAUAAACGACUUCAGAAUAGCCGGGAAUCCCAAGAGAAAUCCCAUGACCGCCAGGAAUCACAAAACUCACAGGAACACCACAUCAAAAUCCUGGAUUGUAGAGCUGAAGAUGAGUAUAACAUCAGUCACAUAGAUGGCGCUGUCCGUAUAAACUAUGACUCGUCCCCAGAUGAGAUCCUCCAGGCUGCAGACAUCGAUAAAACAACAAAUGAGUCCUUGGAUGUGAUUUGUUACUGUUCUGUUGGGUAUCGGUCAGCGUUAGUCGCCCAGAAAUUGCAGGAUCACGUCAGUAAAUCAACAGGAAAUGACCAUUUGUCUUUUUACAACAUGGAGGGGAGCCUAUUUAAGUGGGCCAAUGAAAACAGACAUAUGGUGGACCAGAAAGGGGAGGCAACCAAAUUCGCACACCCUUACAACGCUGUUUUUGGAAAAUUACUUAAUUCCGAAUUACGGAAGUCUUAAACGUGACGAGUAUUUUAUCUCCAGUUUUUAUGUUGACUUCAUUAUUCAUAUGAAAAACAAUUCAGAUUACGAACUUAAGUCUUUGCAUGUCUGCGUAUUUCCGCCAGCCAGCGGUACUGAGCACUGAAAGCGAGGGGUGACUACCACACAGAUGUACAACACCAACUCGCCAUUACACGUAUCGUACAUUAUCUAGAUGAUUAUAUUAAAAAAGGUCAAGAUCUAUUAAGUUUGUGUCCUUGAAAAAAAUUGCACACGUUAAAAACAUGCCAAGCUUGAAUUGUAUUAUCGAUAUUUACGAUAAUUAAAUAAUGGCAUUUAACGAAGUUUACACAUUGAUAUUUAUGAUUUAUAAAACAUCUGUGAAAAAUAUUCUGUGU